CAGUGGGAGUGGGAGGGACUAGUAGCCGUGACCGUGACAAAUAUAUAUAUCUGACAGGACAGGGGAGGCCUCCUUAUCCUUGCCCACCUUCACCGCAGUUCCUCUUCCUCUUCUUCCCCACUCCACACUUUAGCCUCAAAAGUAGUUUCCGUAUACAAAACAUGGAGUUAGGAGCUGCUAUUCUUCAAUCGCCAUGUUCACUUCCACCAAGGUUUCCCACUCUCAAACCCGCUGCAGAUUUUGCUUCUCCCUUCUCCUUAUUCAUCUCAAAUUCACUUCGACCUUCAUGCUUAUCUCUUGCUCACAAAGAUCAGCAGUAUUCCUUUCCAACUGCUGCUAGUGCUCGUGUCACCACUGGGGAAAUGUUGAAUUGUGUUUGCUUGUGUACUACCGGUACCACUGAUGCUGCUAGUUCUUGUGAUGAUUCCGAUAGAGGUGAUGAGGAAAGGGACGAUGAAGAUGGCAUGGGGUUCUUGGAUAAUGACCAAAUGAUUAGAGACUGUGAUGAGCUAAUUGAGGCUUUCAUGGUGGACAAGCCUGCCUUGAGUGUUUGGAGGGCGUUAUUAGUUUUCAACAAGAAUUGGAGUAAUAUCAGGCUCCAAUUUUUUAGAUACUUCCAAGAUAGAAUAAACUCCGAAGACAAUCCGCUGGUGAAGAAGAAGCUGCUCUUGCUUGGAAAGAAGCUUAAAGAGAUAGAUGAAGAUGUACAGAGGCACAAUGAGCUUAUUGAGGUGAUCAAAGGGACUCCAUCUGAAAUUAGUGAAAUUGUCUCCAGGAGUCGUAAAGAUUUCACAAAAGAAUUCUUCGUGCAUCUUCAUACUCUAGUUGAAUCUUACAGUGACGAUCCAAAAGCACAAAAUGAUUUGGAAAAGCUUCGGAGUACAUGCAUGGCUGCUGUGAAAGUCUAUGAUGCUGCAACUGAAAGGGCUGAAACACUAAAUGCUGUACAGUUGAACUAUGAUAGAAUCCGCUCUACCCUGGAUUCUUCAGGCAGGAAGAUAGACAAUUUGGCUGAGAAUAGUCAGUGUUUUGAACCAGAAUUAGUAGGUCGUUGGUUACAGCUGUGUUGUGAUGUGGAAGAAGUAGGAAGGGUACACACAAUUAUCUUGAAAAGUUAUAGAGAUUCUGUCACUUAUGUUGAUAAUAAUUUGAUCUGUAGUUAUUUGAGAUUGGGAAAGCUAGCUCAGGCUCGUAGAGUGUUUGACAGCAUGGCAAGAAGGAACACAGUUACAUGGACUGCUAUUAUUGAUGGGUAUUUAAAAUACAACUUGGAUGAUGAAGCUUUUAAUUUAUUUCAAGAUUCCAUUGAGAAUGGGGUUCAGGCAAACAGUAAGAUGCUGGUCUGUCUCAUGAAUUUGUGUUCUAAAAGAGUGGAUUUAGCUCUGGGAAAACAAAUCCAUGCACAUAUCUUGAAAAGCAAGUGGAGGAAUUUAAUUGUUGACAAUGCAGUUGUAAAUUUUUAUGCAAAAUGUGGGAAGAUAUCAAGUGCAUUUCGAACAUUUGAUCGAAUGGCAAAGCGAGAUGUCGUAUGUUGGACAACUAUAAUUACUGCUUGUUCCCAACAAGGGCUUGGACAUGAAGCCUUGUUGAUAUUGUCCCAAAUGCUAGUUGAUGGGUUCUUUCCUAAUGAAUAUACUAUAUGUGCUGCACUAAAGGCUUGUGGAGAGAACACAACUUUGAAAUUUGGGAAACAGCUGCAUGGUGCCAUAGUAAAGAAAAUCUGUAAAAGUGAUGUUUUUAUAGGAACUUCCCUAGUGGAUAUGUAUGCAAAAUGUGGGGAGAUGGUGAAUUCCAAAGAAGUGUUUGAUAGAAUGACUAUUAGAAACACAGCUACUUGGACCUCCAUUAUAUCAGGAUAUGCUAGAAAUGGGUUUGGUGAAGAGGCUAUAGGCUUAUUUCAACUAAUGAGGAGGAAAAAAGUUCAAAUUAAUAAAAUGACAAUUGUAAGCCUCAUGGUUGCUUGUGGCACAAUUAAAGCUUCGCUCGUUGGAAGAGAAGUUCAUGCGCAGAUAAUCAGAAGUGUUCUUCAUACUAACAUGCACAUAGGAAGUACUUUGGUGUGGUUCUAUUGCAAAUGUAAGGAUUAUUCUCAUGCUAUCAAGGUGCUGCAACAUAUGCCUUAUAGGGAUGUUGUUUCAUGGACUGCCAUUAUCUCUGGGUGUACUAGGCUUGGGCUUGAAUCUGAGGCACUGGAGUUUUUGCAGGAAAUGAUGGAGGAAGGGGUGUCACCUAAUAACUAUACCUACUCGUCAGCUCUGAAAGCGUGUGCGAAGUUAGAAGCUCCAAUGCAAGGAAAACUGAUUCAUUCCUAUGCAAGCAAGAACCCUGCGUUGGCUGAUGUUUUUGUAAACAGUGCUUUAAUAUAUAUGUAUGCAAAAUGCGGAUAUGUUGCUGACGCUUUUCAAGUGUUUGACAACAUGCCUGAGAGGAACUUGGUUUCUUGGAAAGCCAUGAUCCUAGGCUAUGCAAGGAAUGGGCAUUCUGGAGAGGCUCUGAAGCUCAUGUAUAGGAUGCGAGCUGAAGGUUUUGUGGUAGAUGAGUAUAUCCUUGCAACUGUGAUUACUGCGUGUGGAGGCAUUGAGUGUGUAGAACUUGAUUGGGAUAUUGAGUCUACUUCACAUUACUCGCAUUCUUCCUAAUCUUCUACUAGGUAGGAGCACUAAUACGCCUGAACAUUGUAAUAGAAGUGGAAACACCUAGUUAGAUGUAUAUCAGCUAAUAGAUUGUGUAUAUGCAGUGAAGGAGGAGGAUAUAGAAAGAUUUUGAGAGAUGUGCCACCAAAUUUUAGUGUUGACCUUCAUUUGUUAUUGUUGUUUUAUAAAGUGAAUGAUUUUUUGCAAA